AUGAAAGACACGACUUCAACCCUCUCGUCCGUUAUGCGAGUGAACCAGCGAGAAGGCUUCCAUACUUCAUACAGCUCAUCCCUAGUCUCGCUCGGUCCAGGUGCUCUUUUCGCCCGCACCACUUGCCCACCCAUGACGCUCACGUCCAAGGCGCGUUGGUCGUCCGUGCAGGUCUCCGAGAACCAACACAUUGAGUUGAACACCGACCUUGUCUUCAUCAACCAUAGCUGUGAACCAAGUCUGGAGUUCCACGUCCUCUCGGACGCCUCCGAUCAACCGGUCCUCGAGCUUCGCGUGGCCACACGUGUUGAUGAGAAUGGCCACCCCAGGGGGCUCAGUGUCGGCGACGAACUUACCUUCUUCUACCCAAGCACCGAGUGGGAGAUGCAGCAGACCUUCAAGUGUCUGUGCGGAACAAAGUCCUGCCACGGCGAGAUUCGGGGUGCGAAGUACAUGACGCCAGAGCAGCUGCGCGGAUAUUUCAUCAAUGCGCAUAUCGAAGAUCUGAGAAGUGUGCCUGCAAGUGAUGGGAAGAAGGGGCCGUAG